AUGCUGCUGUCCUGGUGCAACAGCAGCAGCAGAGCAGCAGCAGCAGCAGCAGCAGCAGCAGCAGCAGCAGCAGCAAGCCCGGCCUCCACGGGAGCAAAGGGAGGCGCUUCUUUAAUAGAGAAGCGAGUAGAGGAGCAAGUGCUGCGUGCCCUACAGGAGAAGGAGGCAGCACUGGAUGCAGCUCUGCAGCAGCAGCAGCAGCAGCAGCAGCAGCAGCAGCGUCAGCAGCGUCGUCAGCAGCAAAAAGGAGAAGAAGACUCUGAUGAAGAAUUAGAGAGAAUUAGGCAGCAGCGCCGCAUGCAGCUGCAGCAGCAGCAGCAACUGCAGCAGCAGGGACACGGCAAGAUAACAGAAUUAUACGAAGAAAAAGAAUUCUUUAAUAUUGUUAAACAAACUCCUCUUGUUGUAAACCCUAAACCCUAA